AUGGAUCCGUCUAUCGAUUCUCCUUCUGGUGAAUCUGCUAACAUGCCUUUCUCUCAUUUGUGGUUAGUUCACAGCUUUCCUCAUCAUAAAACAGUGAAAUUGGAUGAGACGAACUUCGUUCAAUGGAAACUUCAAUUGGUGCCAUUGCCUGAUGGCAGUCUUAUUUCGAAUCCAGAUGCAAUCUUGUUCACACAGCAGGAUAAGCUGCUCGCAUCCUGGCUCAUUUAUACAGUUAAUGCUUCUUUGCUUUCCUAUAUCAUUCCAACUAAGUCUACCUUUGAUAUUUGGAGUACUGGUGGAUCUACUAUCAAAGAAUAUGUGUCGAAGAUUCAGACUCUUUGUGCACUCCUUGAGUCAUCGGGAUCUAGUGUUUCAGUGGCUGAGAAAGUAGAGGUUCUUCUCGCUGGUCUUCCUUUUGAGUUUGACUUGAUUUUUAUGCUAGUUUCUAUUUCAUCGGAGUCCUUGCAGUUUAAGAAACUUGUUGAUCUACUGAUGGGCUUCGAAACUCGAUUGAUGCAGGCGAUAUGUGAGAUCCCGAUGGUUGCGAAUGUGGAGGAAGCGUCUAGCAUUAUUGACUCUAAUUUACGUGGUGCGCGUGAAGGACAAUUCUUGUCGGGAUUACGUGGUGGUCGAGGUUUUCGGUCUAGAGUGCAGUGCCAGAUUUGCAGUCGUUUUGGCCAUGUUGCACAGCGGUGUUACUACCAUUUUGACAGAUACUAUGGCUCUCACAUUGAUGGCACUCCAGUCGCUGGUAGAGACGGAUAUGGUCGGUCUCGUGGGUUUGCUCCUGAGCAACGUAUUGAGGGUUUUGAUGCUUUAUCACCACAUGCUGUACUACAUGGUACCCGCCCAUAUUAUGGGGCAUAUGGUCAACUCUCUCGGCCUAGUCCAAAUGUAGCAGGCCAUUUUUCUAAGCCCUGUGGUCCACCUGCUCUGCCAGAUGGGCCUGUUCGUGGUGCUCCUUGCGGUAGUGGUGAUCUAUAUAUUCUUACGCCAGUUGGGCUUACGUCUUGGUACCCGGAUUCUGGUGCUUCGCAUUAUGUGUGUCAGAAUGUUGGCGAUUUAAAUGCCACCACUCCGUAUUUUGGUACUUCUGAACUCUUAAUGGGUAAUAGGGCUCCAACUAAGAUUACAUCUGUUGGGGACAAGGUCAUUUACACUCUGUCCAAGUUGUUACGUCUGACAAAUGUCUUGUGUGUUCCAAGCAUUCGUAAGAAUCCCAAGUCUGUGUCACAGUUUACUGAAGAUAACAACAUGUUUUUUGAAUUUCACCCACUCUAUUGUGUUAUUAAGGAUAUCCAAACGCAGGAAAUAUUGCUGUGGGGCCAAGUUUGUGAUGGGCUCUAUCAUUUUUCAGUUGACGUUUCUAUUCCGUCUACUACGACCUCUAAUGUUCAUAAUGUUGCUCUUCAUGCUAGUUCUUCUAUUUCUUCUGAUGAUUUUACUUUGUGGCAUAAUAGGCUCGGCCAUCCGUCGUCUAGAGUUGUUAAUGUUGUUUUAAAUAAACGUGGCAUUGUUGUUGAUAAGAAAUCUCUCUUUAAUGUUUGUAUUGCCUGUCAAAAAGGAAAAUCCCAUAAAUUGCCCUUUACUCAUUCUAAUACUGAAUUUGUGGAAUUGUUUGAGUUGGUGGUUUCUGACUUGUGGGGAUAG